GCUAAAGGACAAGCAGGGAGGACUGAUCGAGUUUCCAUUCAGAUCGCGUUCUGGGUUUCUGGUGAUCUCCACUCAGUGUCAUUGACCAUUCUGGCAACAUGGCAAACACAACAACAGACGGACCAGGCGGCAUAACAGUAACAGCAUACCCACUGCCACCGUCCUAUUUUAAGCUGUAUACGGAUGCAAAUGUAUCAAGGUUCCCAGAAUACCAAGCACACAAAGGAGACAAAGAGCCGCCCCAAUCACUGAGCGCAUCACCUGGCGUUGAAAACCUUAACCAAGAAGACCCACCAUCACUUCCCAACGUUGAGUCUCCAUUUCUACAUCCCCCGAUUCCUCUUGAGGGACCGUAUCAGGCAUUUGGGGCGACAUACAGUACAGAUGAUGCCCUAAAACCUCUCAGUGAAGACGGUGUGAAGCAAUUAUAUCCUGAUGGGCCAAUAGAUUGGAAGUCAGUGAUGAAAAAUCUCGUUCGAACCCUUGUCCUCAAUCUUACAGAGCUUGCCCAAGUGAUGGCAGUCAGAGGUCCUCUCCAGAGCGGGUACAAACUUGAGCAGAUCGACCAAAUCAUGGCCAACAUCCACCACCUCAUAAACCAGUACCGGUCGCACCAGGUACGCGACACAGUGCGUCUUAUGCUGGAAAAGCAAAUCAAUCGGAGAAGGGAAAUGGCCCAGCAAAUAAGAAGAUGCUGCAAUGAAAUGCGGGAAGAACUUCAGCAAGCAAAAAAAGAGGUUCUGAAUCCGAAUUUAGGGGAUGCCAUGACUGUCGAUGGCGAAGAGGACAAUCACAUGGGAACAGACCAAAUUAACGUAUCAGACAACGACAACCUUUUUGAGGCUCUACGUUUACUGCAACCAAGGGAUCCUCUCCAGCGGUAUAAUGAAACUCAGCAACGCCUCGCCGCCCUUGCUGAUUCUAUAGAAUGAGACACCCACGACGAGUGCUUGGACCAUUAUCUUCCUGUAAGAAGGCUAAAGAUAUCCUCAAAGGAGAUCGUCGCGUUUUUUACAUAUGUGAAUCUAUUGUAUAUACAAGAAGCUUGAGAUUAUCAUUGUACAGGUGAGCUACCGGCCAGUUGUCGCUCUUCGCUCAUAAAAGUGAGGUCUAUAAUGAUAAUAAGGUUACUACCUGUCCAUCGUAUGGCAAAGUGAACUGGGCUACUUACGCCAACUCUGUCAACCAGUCCGGCUCAAUCACCGUCAAAUCUCGCAUAAAUGAUUUAGUUGUUUCAACAACUGACAAGAUGAAAACUUUAGCGUGGGAAACGAAAGCCUGGAUCAAGGCCGUUCACUAGCACCUUACCCUCAUGGUAAACAACCCACUCAGGCGACCUUCGGAAUAGAACCGAAUUAGGAUGGAUAUGGAGUACCUUUGAAUUUCGCCAAGUUCAGUUCUCGACAUAUCACAUUAGUGUCACAGGAGGUACACGUACCUCGUUAUGGAGUACCGUGCCAUACGUUCCAUCCGGCUUCAGUCGCGCAGCGUGAGAGAAAUAGCCACUAACGAUGCAUUUCCUCAAUAUAUCAAUGUCUCCUUUACAUGACUCAAAAGGCAUUCCAAAUCGGCCAAGAUAUCGGCGGAG